AUGGGAUCAUGUCAAACUAAAAACUCUACAUAGCUCCCAAAAUCAAAUCAUUUGAGCUAAAAAUAAUCUCUUUAAAGUUCAGGUUCUACUCUUGACAAAGAGACAUUUAAAAUAAAACUUAGAGAACAUGGAGCUGGAGUUACUCCUUAUGUCGUUGAUGUUAGUCCUUUCUGCAAUAUUGCAUGUUUAAAGAUUAAUAUUUCCCAGAAAACAGGUAGAAGUUAUAAGGAUUUAUAAAUACAUAAAGAUGUAUAUAAAAAAAUUCCAAUUGAUAAUCAAAUUAAUCUAAAAUUCUUAGCUGAUUCUACUCUGUUUGUAUCCUUAAGAAUGUAAGGCGGUGGCUUUAUAAGUGUGACACUUGACGAAAAUUCAAUGAAUAUCUUGAGUGAGGAAACAGGAGAAAUAUAGAGAAAAAUAAAAACAUUCCAUUUGUCCUGUAGGUCGACCGAACCAAUGGACUGGGAAGAUGAUGACAUUGGCGGCAUUAUUAUUUAUGACUCUUUUUCAAAUUAGGAUAUUAGAAUAUAGCCUGGUUAUGUGUAUGUAAGAAAAAUAGAUGAAAUAAAGGUAUAUAAAUCAUCAGAGGGAUAAAUUCAUGGAAAUCUCCUGAAAUCUUUGCUAGGGAUAGAACCAUCAAAAGUGAAUUUGCUGUGUUCAGGAUUCGGGAGAAAGUCUGGUGAAGAUUGGAAAUUUAAUUCACUUACACUUAAUACGAAGAAUAAAGAGUUGUAAGACGAUCGAAAAGAAAUGCACUAUAUAGAAAGAGAUUUGUUAAAGUAAGCACUUUCAUGGUGGGAGAAAGGUGGCAGCUAAAAUGUUUCAGUGCCCACACUAGUCAGUAUUUGCAUUAUUUGCAAAAGACCAGAGAAUGGAGUUACCCCAGAUAAGAGUUGCAAUGGGAAGCAUUUGUUCAGAAACACAGCAAUAGAUUGCUAGCAUUGUCGAAAUCAAUAUCCUCAAGAAUCUGAAAUGAGUUCUAAAAAAGCCUUUAGAUAUUUUUCCAUGAAAGUGGAUAUGCUUAAAGACACAAAUAUUCGAGAAUAUUACUCAAUAUUGAACAAACCUCCAUAUGAAGAGAAAGUGAAGCAAUUAAUUAAAGAAUCCUUAGUGGAUGAAAGCGAAUGGAAAGAAUGA